AUGGAUAAUUGCAAUGUUGCUAGUUGGAAUGUUAGGGGUGUAAAUAACAAGAAUAAACAAGAUUCUGUUUUAGAAUUUUGUAGUCUGAAUAAAAUUGGAGUUGGAGCCUUGCUCGAAACCAAGUUGAAGGAUAACAAGAUUAAAGGGAUGAUGAUGAAUAAAUUCAGUAGUUGGGAUUACUAUAAUAGUCCUACCAUUGAAGGCCGUUUGCUUAUUAUUUGGAGGAAAAGCUUUGUUAGAGUAAUAGUCAUUGCUGAAUCUUCUCAGUUUGUUCACUGCUAUGUGAAAAUGUCAGGUCAGGAAGAAGCUUUCUAUGUUACGUUUGUUUAUGGUUUAAACACCAAUGAUGAGAGGAAAAGUUUGUGUGUGGAUCUAUUGAGUCUUAGGUUUCCUAUGAAGCCUUGGCUGCUGCUUGAAGAUUUCAAUGCAGUGUUCAAUAUUGAAGACAGAUCUGGUGGGAAUCCUAUUUCUAUAAAUGACUUGACUGAUGCUACUUUAUGGAAAGCUCAAGUUCAUGUGGAAGCUCUAAAAAGAUCAGGAACGAAUUUCACUUGGUCUAACAACCAAGAUGGCACAAGUAGAAUUUAUUCUAGAAUAGAUCAUGCUUUUGCCAAUGAGGAUUGGCAUGAUGUUUUUCCUAACACUAUAGCCCAUUUUGCAUGGGAAUCUAUUUCUAACCAUUGCUCGUGUGUGGUUGUUGCUACUGUCUCAGAGAAGAUUGGGUUUAAGCCCUUUCGUUAUUAUAAUUUUUGGGCUGAACACCCGGAGUUCAAGGAGUUAGUUACCGCCAGUUGGGAGAAGCCUUUGGCUGUUAUUGGUUUGAAAGGUAUCUACUAUAAGCUUAUGAGGUUAAAACAUAGCCUUAAGAGGUUUAAUAAUGCUACUAUAGGAGAUGUGGGGAAAGCUUACUUUGAAGCUAAAGCCAAUUUCAUUGAUGCUAGACAGCAGGCCCAAGCUCAUUCGAGAGACAUAGCUUACCAGGAUAUGGAAAAGACUGCUGCUGAGAUUUUAAGCAGUAAAGAGAAGAUGUACUUCAGUUUUCUGAGACAACGAAGUAAAGUUAAGUGGCUCCAACAAGGGGAUGAGAAUACUUCGUAUUUUCACGCUUAUUUGAAGAAAAGGAAGGUGGAGAAUAGGAUAGCAACUUUUGUUACUGACCAAGGUGCAGUUAAUGACAAAUUUACUGAAGUUGUUGAUCAUUUCUUAAACCACUUUCAUGGUUAUAUGGGGAGCAGAAACACAACCACUAUGAGGCUGAAUGUUGAGUGUUUAGAAAAGGGUACUAGGCUCAACCUGGAGCAGCAGCUUGAUUUACUGAAACCAUUCUCGAAUAAGGAAAUCAAGAAAGUUCUUUUCAAUAUUCCAGAUGUGAAAUACCCAGGGCCUGAUGGGUAUGGAUCGGGUUUUUUCAAAUCAAUGUGGCCUGUUUUAGGAGCUGAAGUGUGCAGAGUAAUUUCAGAUUUCUUCAAUACAGGGAGUAUGCCUUCUGAGUUUCAUGCUACAAUGAUUUCUUUAAUUCCUAAGAAGGAUAAACCUUCGAGAGCUGUAGACUACCGUCCUAUUGCGUGCUGUUCCACAAUUUACAAAUGCAUUUCUAAAUUGAUGUAUUUGAGGCUUGUGGGAGUGCUUCCUUCCUUGGUCAACCAAAACCAAGGAGCUUUCAUUAAGGGUAGAUCCAUAGCUCACAAUGUGAUGAUAUUGCAAGAUCUUUUGAAGAAUUACAAGAGAAAGACAGUUUCUCCUAGAUGCGCCAUUAAAAUAGAUAUAAGCAAGGCCUAUGAUACUGUUAAUUGGGAUUUUCUUGAGGCUCUGCUCAAUGCCUUCAACUUACCUGAAAAGUUUGUUCAAAGGGUGAUGAUAUGUCUUCGGUCAACAACCUAUUCUAUCACUAUGAAUGGGAGGGUGCAAGGCAGCUUCGAAGAUGAUUUAAUCCUUUCCUGCAAAGGAUCAAGGCAGUCAAUGUUAGUCAUUAAAGAGGUGCUGGAUGUGUUCAGGAAAACAACAGGGUUACAUAUCAGUGAGGACAAAUCGCAGGUCUACUUUGGUGGUGUUAACUCUAGUGAGAAGAGUGCUAUCCUCAGUGAUCUUCAUCUCACAGAAGGAGUGUUCCCUCUCAAGUAUUUGGGGGUGCCUCUUAGGCCUACUAAAUGGAAAGCUGAAGACUGUGGCAUUAUUAUCAAGAAAAUAAAUCAGAGGCUGCACUCUUGGGCUAGUAGGCAUUUAUCUUUUGCUGGAAGAAUCCAGUUGAUUCACUCUGUGUUGUUUGGUCUUCGUAACUACUGGAUGAGCAUUUUUGUGCUGCCUCACAGUGUUACUAGGGUGGUUGAGAAACUUUGCAGAGGGUUUUUAUGGGGUGUUAAUGGUAAUAGGAGUAAGAUUCAUGUUGCCUCAUGGGAAAAGGAAAGAGUGACUUGCUUUGGGUCAAAUGGAUCAAUUCCAUUUAUCUUAAAGGUGCCUCUUUCUGGUCUUAUUAUCUUAAACCAGACACGAGUUGGUACUAGCAUCUGCUACUAUUAUAAAGUUGUUUGGAAUACUUUGAAUUUGCCUAAGCACCGUUUUAUGUUGUGGCAAGUGGUGAAUUCCCAGGUCCUGACCAGAGAUAAUAUGGUCAAGUUUCAUCUUGACUUGGACUCCUUGGACUGCCCUGUGUGUGGUGACAGUUACGAAAAUCAUGAGCACCUGUUCUUCAGAUGCAGUUUGUCUCGAAGAGUAGUAGAUCAGAUCUUUGAUUGGUUAGGCAUGAGUGAUUGGCCAAAGGAUUACAAUGGUUGGACUAGUUGGCUGAACUUGAAAAUGGCAGGAAUGGUGCACUGUAUCAAUGUUGCUGUUCUUGCAGCAAUCAGCUAUUGUAUUGUACUGUUUGGAGGAGCUUCCUUUUUAGGAGCUCUUAGAGAGUUGGAGGGUGUAUUUGUUCAGUAG